AGGUUAUUUUUCUGCUUCAUAGGAAAUGGCAGCUAUGUAUAAUUGCGCCGAAUGUUUGCAGUGAGAAAUUGGACAUUUCACCAAUGAGCAAUCCUUUAACAUGUCAAUAAUCGAUCAUGUCAAGUUAAGAAUGUAAUAUUGAUUCAGUACAAAUUUCGGCACAAAUAUCCUAUUUUAACACAAAUUUAAAACCCAGUGAACACAGUGAGACAGCAUUAACAUGAAUUACUUUAACCUACAUUUGUUGGGAUUUGAGAGCACUGAUUUAUUGUUGCAUAAAACCAGUAAAUGGUGCUAUGAAUCUAUGUAGAGCCCAUUUGAACUACUGAGCAGGCAGAUGCAUGAUAUCUCUGGAGAUGGUGGGAUCCUGAAGGAAGUGGUCCAACCUGGAGAAGGCGCAUCUAUCCCCCCUAAUGCUUCAAUACUGAUUUAUUACUCUGGCUUCCUGGAAUAUUCUGACCAACCUUUUGAAACCAACAGGGACUUCAAGUACCCCCGGAUGAUGAAGUUAGGGAGAGAUAUGACACUGGUUGGCCUGGAGCAGGGUCUGCUGACCAUGCAAAAGGGAGAGUUCUCUCGCUUCCUUUUUCAGCCCCUAUAUGCAUAUGGAGACAUAGGUUGUCCUCCAUUAAUUCCCGCUGCUGCUGUGGUUCUGUAUGAGGUUGAAAUCCUCGACUUCCUCGACUCAGGACAAGUUGACGACUUUACCAUGCUGAUUCCGGAGGAGCAGAACGCUGUUCCACUGUCCACACUUCUUGAGGUUGUCAACACAUUGCGCAGCUUUGGCAACCGCUGCUUCAACCAGAGGCGUUAUGACGAUGCAAAAGAUCGCUAUAAACAGGGACUGGUGCUGCUGGGGAACAGGGAAACCCACGGUGAUCCAGAGAAGCAGAGGAUCAAGUCAGCUCUUCUUCCUUUCUAUCUGAACCUAUCGCUCACUGAACUCCAUCUGAACAACCCAAGAAAAGCCGUGAAAUAUGGCAACAAAGCCUUGGAGAUAGACUCAUCCAACACAAAGGCUCUUUUCCGCUGUGGACAGGCAUAUCUGGAGCUGCUCGAGUAUGAGAGUGCGAAGAGUUUUCUCCUCCGUGCUCAAGCAAAGAAGCCCUUUGACAGUGACAUUAACAACCUUCUGAUGAAAGCGGCAAUAUGCUGCAAGGACAGCUUGGACAAACAGAAAGAAAUGUACACAAAGAUGUUUUGAGACCUGCAGGGCCCAGUGAAGAUGUAAAUAUGAAGGGAAAAGGAUGCAGCAGGUGUAAACUUUCAAGGUUCCUCGGCACAUUGUUCUUCAUAACAUUUUUGCAUACGAUAUCGUGCAGGAGUCUUAUUUUUUCUUUGAAAAAGUUAAGUUCUUCAGUUGUUUGUUCAUGAUGUGGUUCCACAGUCAUUUUUCUGUUUGAACAUAUGCUUUGCAGAAUGUGUUCUCACCUCAAAUUAAUAAAUGUUAUGGAAACACAAACAGUCAGUGAAUAAAUACUGUUUGUACUGAACUGUAGGGAGGGGGUUUGUUCUGGGGGGUCCGAUCACUCUUGAGGUCCUAAGAAUAAAAAUAAAUCCCCCUUUUUCUCUCCAAAGA